AUGACGUCCACAAUUGGCAUCCCCAUCAAGCUCCUCAACGAGGCACAGGGCCAUAUCGUCACCCUCGAAAUCACAUCAGGCCAGACUUACCGCGGCAAGCUCCUCGAAGCCGAAGACAACAUGAACGUCCAGCUCAAAGACAUCACCGUCACCGCCCGCGACGGCCGCGUCUCCCAUCUCGACCAGGUCUACAUCCGCGGAUCCCACGUCCGCUUCUUCAUCGUCCCGGACAUGCUGCGCAACGCACCCAUGUUCCGCUCCCGCAACGUCCGCGGCCGCGGUGUCGGUAUGGCGCGUGGUCGCGCGACUGUGAGCAGGGCGAGGGCCAGCGGGCGCGGAGGACGCUAG